CCGAGUGCGAGUCUACUAACUUGACGUGACGGUAAAGUUAAGUAAAAUUUGUGCUGUGGCUUUGGUGAUAUCUACUUUAGAAUUUAUAAUGUAAAAGUAAUUGAAGUUUUCACUCAUGGAUAUUUUUAAUUCCAUGGAAAAUUUUUCUAAAGUAGAGAAAAUUGGAGAAGGUACUUAUGGCGUCGUAUAUAAAGCUAAGGACCGAUUAACGGGGCAAGAAAUCGCUCUCAAAAAGAUAAAAUUAGAAAAUGAGCCGGAGGGUGUGCCGUCGACGGCGUUGCGUGAGAUUUCGGUUCUCCGUUCUCUGCAGCAUCCCGCCGUCGUGCAGCUGCUAGAUGUGCUGCUUACGGGCAACAAGCUAUUCCUAGUUUUUGAAUUCUUGCACAUGGAUCUCAAAAGGCUUAUGGACUUGGCCAAAGGACCUCUGCCCAUGGACUUAGUUAAGAGCUAUUUGCGCCAGCUGUUGGAAGGCAUCGCGUACUGCCACGGGCGGCGCGUGCUGCACCGCGACCUCAAGCCGCAGAACCUGCUGGUGGACCCGGAGGGCCGCAUCAAGCUGGCGGACUUCGGGCUCGCGCGCGCCUUCGCCAUCCCCGUGCGCGCCUACACGCACGAGGUGGUCACGCUGUGGUACCGCGCGCCCGAGAUCCUGCUCGGGGCCAAGUUCUACUCCACCGCCGUGGACGUGUGGAGCGUCGCGUGCAUCUACUGCGAGAUGGCGAGCGGGCGCACGCUGUUCCCGGGCGACAGCGAGAUCGACCAGCUGUUCCGCGUGUUCCGCGCGCUGGGCACGCCCGGCGGCGCGCUGUGGCCGGCGGCGCGCCGCCUGCCCGACUUCCGCGCCGCGUUCCCGCGCUGGCCGGCGCGCGCGGCGCGGCUGCUGCUGCCGGCGGCGGCGCGGGCGGACGCGCGCGCGGCGCCGCUGUUCGAGGCCAUGCUGCGCUACGAGCCGGCCGAGCGCGUGUCGGCGCGCGCGGCGCUGGCGCAGGGCUACGUGGCGGCCGCGCCGCGCGUGCGCCCCGACCUGCUCGCCGCGCGGCUCUGACUCGCCGCUCGCCUGCACCCCGAUCUCUGUAUAUAUCCGCUUACGAUACUAAUAAAUAUAUGCCAAAUAAAUUUUUA